AUGUGGCGGCGCACUUAUCUGCUCCUCGUUCUGAUACGGCUGUGGUUCGCCCUGUCCCCCAGCUACCUACACCCGGACGAGAACUUCCAGGGCCCCGAGGUUAUAGCCGGCCAGAUCUUUAGUUAUCCCGUCCGAAGAACCUGGGAGUUUACGAGCGAGCACCCGAUACGGAGCGUCUUCCCGCUAUGGCCCGUCUAUGGGCUGCCAAUGCUACUCCUUCGAUGGUUGUGGAUUGGCAACGGCCAUGAUGGCGAAAUUCCGCCCAUCGCUGUAUUCUGGACUUUGCGAGUUCUCAUGUUCCUGAUUAGCUUUGUCUUGGAGGACUGGGCCCUCCACGAACUGAUACCCUCACCGCGACAUCGACGUGUCGCUGUGCUCUUGGUGGCAUCGUCGUAUGUCACCUGGACAUAUCAGACACACACCUUUUCGAACUCGGUGGAAACUCUGGUCGUAGCUUGGAGUCUGGUUUUGAUUCAGCGCAUUGUGGAUACUCGACAACAAUCGUCGCUUUUAUCUUCGACAGUGCUCGGCAUUGUCGCCGUUUUUGGAGUGUUUAACCGAAUCACCUUCCCAGCGUUCUUGUUAAUUCCUGGCCUUCGUUUGAUACCCCAUUUCUUGAAUAAACCUUUUUCUUUUGUGGCCCUGGCUUCGGCUGCUUUAAUAACCACUGUAAUAGCUAUCGCGCUGGAUACCGCUUUCUACUCAUCUGAGCCCGUUACUUGGGCCGACCUAAUCUCCAGACCUACCAUCACCCCGCUCAACUUCUUCCUCUAUAACUCGGACACGGCAAACCUUGCCCAGCAUGGUAUACAUCCAUGGUACCAACAUGUUGCGGCAAACCUUCCGCAGCUCCUUGGACCUGCAGCUGUUUUGGUCUUCGCCAAACCUCAUUUGUCACUGAGACUUUACUCCGCUAUUUCUGGACUUUUUGUCCUAUCUAUAUUCCCGCAUCAAGAAGCUCGGUUUCUAUUGCCCACCGUGCCCCUAAUUCUAUCAUCAGUCGAGCUACCCAAGAAUAAGAUCAUGCUGCGAACUUGGGCAGGGGCAUGGAUCAUCUUCAACCUAUUUUUGGGGGUGUUAAUGGGCAUUUACCACCAAGGUGGUGUCGUUCCUGGCCAGGUCUUUAUGAGCAAGCAACCAGACGCGACCCAGGCCAUUUGGUGGAAGACCUACACCCCGCCAAUAUGGCUCCUCAACGGCAAGAACGAGGUUCUGCAAACAAGGGAUGUCAUGGGUCUAAAGGGCGAUGCAUUGCUCACACAACUGACGGAUCUCGCCACUUGUGACACACCCGCUGAUCGACGUAAUCAAGAGUACUUGAAGGAGAAGAAUGGGACAUACCUUAUUGCGCCCGCUUCAGCAACUUGGCUGGACCCGUAUCUCUCAAACAAGGGAUUGCACGGGUUGCGGUUCCGAGAAGUAUGGCGUUACAGAAAACAUUUGAACCUGGACGACCUCGAUUUUGGGGAUGAUGGUAUUUGGAAUACGCUGUCGCGGGUGAUUGGCCGACGGGGCUUGAUUGCAUGGAGGGUAACCAAAAGCUGUCAAAAAUUAAGUAAUUCAAGCUAG